UUAAAAGUUGCGAGAGUUCGCCCCUGAAGUGACAUACUGACAUGUCGAGCAGUACCCGCCUUCCCCGGCUUGUGCAAAUAAGAGUCAGCAAGCUUAGUAUCUGAGCCCAGCAUCUGCCUCAUGUGCGACCGCGGGGAGGGCCAAGGGGGGAGAUGCUUUUAAAAAACCUUCACUCUCCCAUCACGAUCACCUCACUCAAUAAAAGAAAACUUUCUGGGGGACGAUCGGCUGUGCUCCUGGGGCAGCAUGGCGGCUUGUGGCGUUCAGCUUGUAUACAGUGAUCGCAACAUCCAAGAUCAAGGGGCUUUAUGAUCCCGCGAUCUUCCUCGCCGCAUUUUCAGCAGGCUUUUACUCGCGCCACACUAAUACAUAAAUAUCAGGCAACAAGUUCGAUGGAAGGCACGAUGCAGGCUAACGCCGGGCUGCUGUGGGUUGUUGUGAGUAUAGUUGUGCAAAGUGUUAGCUCCAAGGAGAAUAAUCUCCGAGACACGGGACACUGUGAACUUCCCAAGUCGCAAAGGGAAAUGAAUUCGUUCCUCUGGACGGUCAGACGGGAGCCCCCCGCUUAUUUAUUUGGGACCAUUCACGUGCCCUACACCAGGGUUUGGGAUUUCGUGGCUGACAACUGCAAACGGGCCUUCCAGCACAGCAACAGCGUGUACUUCGAGCUGGACCUCACCGACCCCUACACCAUCUCGGCCCUCACUAGCUGUCAGAUGUUGCCUCACGGCGAGAACCUUCAGGACGUCCUGCCCCGGGAUCUAUACAGGAGGCUUAAGCGCCACCUGGAAUACGUGAAGGUGAUGAUGCCUCUGUGGAUGACCCCGGACCAGAGGGGCAAGGGCUUAUACGCGGAUUACCUGUUCAACGCCAUCGCCGGCAACUGGGAGAGGAAGCGGCCGGUGUGGGUAAUGCUGAUGGUGAACUCGCUGACCGAGGCGGACAUCAGGUCCAGAGGGGUCCCGGUGCUUGACCUCUACCUGGCCCAGGAGGCCGAAAGGUUAAAGAAGAGGACGGGGGCGGUGGAGCGGGUAGAGGAGCAGUGCCAUCCGCUCAAUGGGCUCAAUUUCUCCCAGGUUCUCUUUGCUUUAAACCAAACUCUCCUGCAACAUGAGAGUCUCCGAGCAGGCAGCUUGCAGGCUCCUUACACUACAGAGGACCUCAUCAAGCACUACAACUGUGGGGACUUGAAUGCUGUCAUCUUCAAUCAUGAUACUUCUCAACUGCCUAACUUUAUCAACACCACCCUUCCGCCGCACGAGCAGGUGACAGCUCAGGAGAUAGACAACUAUUUUCGCCAAGAGUUAAUCUACAAAAGAAAUGAAAGAAUGGGCAAGAGGGUGACAGAGCUUCUGGAGGCAAACCCAGAUAAAAGUUUUUUCUUUGCAUUUGGAGCAGGUCAUUUCCUUGGGAACAACACUGUGAUUGAUGUCCUAAGGCAAGCAGGCUAUGAAGUUGAGCACACUCCUGCAGGGCAGCCAUUUGAACAGAUAAGGACACAGAACACUGGCUCAUCUUCAUCACUUCCUACUGCUACUUUUACAUCCACUGAUGAAUCAUUAGAAAAUUCCUUGCCAGUUCCUUCCCUUUCCUCUCCAACUGCUGACUUGGAUGAUGACAUCAUUUCUCCACACCUCUUGAUGCCCGACAGCCUUAGUCAACUGGAGGAAUUUGGCCGCCAAAAGAAACGGCAGAAGAAGCUGCCAAAGCAGCAGAGGCAACGGCAGUUUAGUGAUCUGUGGGUUCGCAUUGAAGAGAGUACAACUAUUGUGCCAUCCAAUAUCAGGAUUAUCAAUGGCUACAUCACAGUGGAACCUGCACGUGAACCAUCACAUCGACAGAAGCAACAUCCCAUCUUCAACUCUACUGCAACAGCCACAGUCCCAUCAGCAACGGCACUCAUCUCUGGGGUGGUCUGCUUAAUCUGGAAUCUGUUGUGGCCCUCGUGACCCGCUGAACAUUUUACCUUAACCCAUAACUUGUUUGUUUUAUUUAAGAGAGAAACGUUAAAGAGAUUUCUGAUGCUAGGUGACAGAACUUCUCGCAGUUACACAUAGGAAGUGCCUUUUCCUCAGCUCAGCAGACGCUCAAGGCCUAAUUGCAUCAGGUCCAUCAGGUUCUCGGUGACAACACAGAAGAGCAUAAGAUGAAAUUCUAAAGCUGGGACAGCCACAAUAUGACAGCAUCUUCUUUUUGUAGAAGGGUAUUUUUCCCCAUGAUGUUAUGGGGCAUUGUAAAUUUACUUUUCAAAGUUUAUUUGUUCACAUGAAUAAUGUAUAUUUAUUCCCCAUCAAAUGUUAAAUUUUUUGUGUAUAUGAUUCCAUAACAUAUAAAAAGUUCAACGUUUUACCACAAUCUAACCAGCAAAGAUGAAUUUUCUACCAAAGGUCUGCUAUUAGAUGGAAAAUGUACAAAAAGGUGCCUUUUCACCAGCCCUGUUUGCUCUCACAAGUCUUUAAUGAUUCGAUUGAUUGUUCAUUAUAUCUAGGAGCUCGGAAGACAAUUGUUGAAGUUUUGGUACUAAAGACACCAUUAAUGCAGGGAUUGAUAAAGAACAAUUGGAUAUUUUGCUGGAAAAGCAUAGAUAGGCAAUCCACAGCUGAACCAAAUGCAACAGGUGGCCGGUAACCUUACUCAGCUAGGUUUACACAUGCAUUACAAAAGGUGAGAUCACACAGGAGCUUCCAUUUUACAGCCAUCAUGAGGCAUCAGUACUGCCACUUUACUGCCCGAAGCACCAAUGCUGAUGUGGACAGUCUGCAAGAAAAACUCAUUACAUUUAGAGUUGAAUUUGCAUAUGAAAGAAUGGCUGCAUUCAUGCUCAUAUUUUUUUAGAGGAGAUUAAGAACUUCCAUUUAUUCUAUAUGCCUGAUCUUUUCUGGUUUCCCUAUUUGGAGUAUCAUCACUAUUGUUGAACAGAGAACCACAGGAAAUAACACAGAUGCAACAAUAGGUUCAUGGCAAGCACCAAGAUAAACAACUGAUAAACCUGGUUUUGAUUGAUCAGUGUCAUUGGUGGCACAAACAGCACCCAUGCUCUUCAAAUGACAUGCUCUAAGUCUUUAGAAAUAAGUAGGUGGGGUUUUCAUUUACUAUCCCAUUUGAAAGGGGGAAAUUCAAGGCAUCCCCAAUACAGCAAAAGAUAUCUGCUACCUUACUGUGUUCAGGGCUGUUCUGAGACUUCAAUCCUUGAGCAGGCUGCCUUCUUCUCAUUCUACAUGUUUGUGGAUAAAUCUAUGUGAUACAAUGCUUCAGGAAUUAUAAGAGCUGAUGUCUGAUCUGAACUGAUUGCAAUUGGAAACACUCAUGAGACAAAAAUGGAAAAAGUUGGCCAAGCUUGCUGGUGGCAUCCAGUAAUCACUGCCGGAGAGUACCUGCAAGCUAUGUCAGACUGAAGUUAGUUAGUACUUUGACUCACAGAUGUACAAUCAUUUGAGGGAGGUGCUUCAUGUGAAAUCAUUAUUCAACCUGCCCCCUUUGAACACUCUAAAAGUGCCCUAGCAAGAAUAUUAGGCCCAGUCAGUGGUCCGCUCCACAAGUACGUGUGCAGAUCGGAGGGAAAAAAUAUCACCCACCUCCACUAUACUCACCCAGACUAGAAAUGCUACCACUGGAGUCGUCAGUGAUCAGCAUCUACAAGGGGGCAAGCAGGCACAUCAGUAGAGCUAGCAUGUCUAGGCUAGUCCAAUCUGCCUCGCAUGGUAGAGAUUAUUCUGCCUGUGCACCACAAGAGUUGAAGGGCUGGAAAUUAAUUUACUGGGCUCUAAAGUCAGUCAUUCUGCCUUCAGUAGAAACAAUAAAAUCUCUUCCUCAAUCAGUUCAGCCUCAUUAAUGAUUGGGCUGACAAGAAGGCCAAAGUGUGGUAUUACAGAUGUCUGUGAAGGGUACAGUCACUGAACUAGUCUAGAAUUUUCCCCGAUACAAUUCCUUGAUUAUGGAGAUUGAUGGAGUACCUACUCUUAGAAGAACCUAAAUGGACUAGCCAUUCCCAGCAAGCAGGUUGCGGCUCCACCAUGCGUGAGAAAUUCCUUAGGAAAUCCGGGCUUUCUUACUGAAUCUGAAAAUAUUGCAUACUAUUUUAAUGGUGUUAGUUGCAAUACUCAAUUUGAUCUGAAAAUCUGUCCUUUUCAAUUUCUUUAAACAUUCUCUUCAUACAGUUUAUUAUAGUUGUCUGUAUAAUUUCACAAUAUCUCUCAAGUUCACAGAUACCCCUUUCUGUGUCAAAGUUUACUUACAGAAUAUUUCUCAGCUGAUGAGCACAUCUGAUAAUUUACACUUCCAAAUCCUGUGAUGACCCUCCGGUCCAUCAUUAUUUAACCACAUUCAUGGUAAAUGAUUAAAUUUGACCUUUCCCCAGUUCAACAAAUCCUCAGAUUGACUUAGCAACUUUUGUUGAACUCCUGUUCCUUUUUACUGCCAAACUAGUUAAUAAAAAAUACUCCCACAUAACCCUCCAUUUAAGUAAUGGCAAGUUAACCUGCUGGGUUGGGGAAGCUUGUGACAAAGAGUAGGAGUGCAUCAGCUAGUUUGCUUUCUCUCCUCAGAGACCAAACACCUAGUCAGACAUAUCUUGUAAUAGGGCAUUCGCUGUUGACAGGAUGCUGCCACAAACAGUUCACUAUCCCCAUGGAAUAAAUCAGACAAAAAAAAAUGGCAGCAGGAAAGAGAUUUCCAGUGGAGUACCUCCGGGCUCAGACAAUGUGGCAAAUACAGGCACUGCACAGCAUGCCUUUCACUCUUGGCUUUGCCUCAAAAAUAAAUCAACAAGUGCAUUGGUUCCAUGCCAGCACCCAACUGGAAACCGUCCAUGUUCUCCUGUGUCACUCUCUCUUCUGUUUGCUCAUGUUGCUCUCACUGGGCCCCUCACCUUACAUCUUUCAUCUUGCCAUUUUGUUUUCUGAUCUUUAAGUGAGACUUUCUCUAUACAUGCCAGUUUCUAAGUAGGUGGGCGAGCUCCUCUGGCAACAGUGCUGUGUUGUCAGGGAUUAGGAUAAAUAGGAAGGAUCCUUGGUGGUAAAGUAGUCUCACUUUAUCAAUCCACCACAACUAGACAACACCCAUGUUACAGUGGCAGUUCUAUACUAUUUUUUACAGUCAGCCAGUGUCUUUGUUUCAGUUUAACCCAAUUAUGAAGGCAAUAAUUUGAGUUUUUGUUUUAUUCUUGGUAUCGUUGUGCAUCGGAUUGAGCAGGUGGCAAAGCAAGAAUCUGCUCAGUUGCAAUCCUUCCAUUCAGUCAACUCUGUUAGGCUCAUGAAAACACAAGCAUACCAAUUAAAGGCUUGGACUUUGAAACCUCUUUAUGAGUUAAUAAGAACAUGGGCAAUUUAAUUAAGACUUCAGCUCUGGAUUCCCACCCAUGACUUACUUGUCAGGAAUCUACCUCUCCUUAAAAGUAUUUAACGACUCUGUUUGCACUGAGCCUUGGGAAGAGAGUUCCUCACGUGCCUCAGAGAGAAAAUCACCUCAAAUUGUGUGUGACCCAAGAAUUCAGGAUUUUCCCCACAAGAAACAUCACCUUCAUAUCUACCUUAUCAAAACUCAAGGAUUUUGUAUGUUUCAAUCAAAUUCACAUUAUUAAACUCCAGCAGAUACAAACCUAGCCUGUCUGAUCAUUCCUCAUUUGACAGCAUACAAUUUCAGGUAUCUGUCUAACAAAGCUUGGCUGAAACACUUCCAACACAUUAAAAUCCUUCUUUAGAUGAGAUCAACACUGCACCAUAUGUGGUCUCACCACAGUUUAAGAUAACCAAAACAUAGCCUUCCCAUUUUUGUAUUCAGACCUCUCACUAAAGAAUGGCAACCCAUCAGUUUUUUUAAUGACAUGCUGUGCCUGUAUGUAAUGCCUUAACCUUGAAGAUUUCUGCACCUUGUGGAUCUACACCCAACUAUGGCCUGGCACUUUUUGGAAUGACAGAAGGAUUUUAUAAUAAAAACUAUAAUUGCAUACCAUAUGUGCCUUUUUCCACUCCUAAAAUACACAGACUGCUAUCAUCUUUGCAGUAUUGUGUGUCAUUAGGGGAAAACAGAUCAUCUGAGUCCCUGUAGUAAAGGCAAAUCAGUACCAAAAACAAAGCUGUUGAAAUGGUCCAACUUUUGCUAACUGCUUCUUAUCACCAAUUAAGUAUUAGUUCUGGGAGUUUAAUGAUCAAAAUUGUGAUGUGUCCAGAGAGUUCCUAAUGAACUUUCACAUGUCCUUUGAUGAUAUUGCUUCUAUUUUGUCAAUGUUUAGAGCUUAAUAUUGAGCAAUUGUCAGUAGGAAAGAAAAUUAAUGACAAAGUAAUGCAAGAGCUUUACAUAACUUCCAAAGCAUCCUCUUGACUAAGGUUCAGCAAGGUAACCCGAGACGUCAACCGCCAGAAGUGAUCAUUUGCUUUGAUUCUGUUGACUUCUACAGAGAUGUCACUGCACUUUUCCAUUACUUGUCAAAGAUUUAAUAUGGACCAUUAUCAAUAUUGAAAUAUUACGGUAAAGAAUAGAUCUGUACACUCACCAAACACAAGGACUAUUAUGAAUUAGUUGGUAUGCAUUAAGUUAUUACAGAUACAAAAUAUUUUAUUUUUUUCAUCUGUUUUGGCAUACUUGUAACAUAUUUUGUUGCUUUUCUCAGCACAUUGUUGUAAAAGAUUCUAUUAAUGUUAUUUUUUCCAGAAAUAUUAUUUUUUUAGUGUAAUGUAAUGCUGUAUUGUAACAAAUCAGAAAUAAGUAUUAGGGUAAUACAACCAAGUCAAAGUUUUGCAGAAAAAGGCAAGAUGGUAAGAGGAAGUGGAUUGACUCCAUAGUGAGCGUUAAUGAAAGGAUCUUAUAAAUUUAAUUCAAUGUGUUUAUAGAUAUUAUAACUGAUUUAAACAUUUUGUAUUCUUGUAGAAUGUAAGUACAGAAGCUCACUCAGUAUUUUUUUCUUCUUUUUAGCUAUAUAUCAAUGGCCCUACUUACAUGGAGAUGUGGCUUAAUAAGCUGUUGAAUUCGGGCAUUUGCAUUUGCCAGAGGUUCACCGGUUUUACAAUUCCAUUAACAUGUUAUUACGUAAAUAUUAUUCAAAUUUGCCCUGUAAAAGGUAACUUUAUUUGACAGAAAUAUUUUAAUUAUUUGCUAUUUAAAAAUCAUGCUUGAACCAUUAAAAUUUCUACCCAUGGAACCAUUUUGCAUUUUUUCACUUAACAUAAUCACAAAUUGGGUGGCGAUGUCGAUGUUUUAAUAUUAUGAAGUUUGAAAAUUAUAAUUCCUGGUUGUAUUCAGUGGAAAAGUGUUAGGGAUUCAGACAGACUGAUUCAUUCCAGACAGAAUGAUAGAAUGGAAUUAACAUGUUCAAUGUAAAUAUGGCCAUAGUUUGCAUUAAUCAUAUGAAUGUAGAAGCAUACCAAACCUGAUCAAGAAUUACUUUGUUUACAGUUCAUGUGACUGUACUUGUCACAAAAUUGUGAUUUUGUUUUUGGGAAAAAAAGAUAAU